UUACUCUUUCUUCUUUUUCAUUUUCUUUUUCUUUCGUCGAAAAGAUUUCAACUCGUUGCGCUCGUGGCCUGUGAAUUAUUACAAUACGGCUCGCGCGAAUGCUCGCAAUUAUGAAUCUAUUAAAGAGAUCCUUAAAAAUAUUACUUUGCAGAUACGACGAAUGCGAUAACAGGUAUUUCCUCUCACCCUGCCACUAUUCUGGUAUCCCCUAAAUUUCAGACAAGCCUAAUUUCCAAGUUGUCAUAGACAUCCCAGAUGUGGCCAUUCAAAUAGUUGGUCGACGACGUUUAAACGAGUUUCCAGCAGAAUAGAAACGUCGAGUCGAGGAAAAAGGGGGAUGAGAGCAGACCGAUGAUCAUGAAGAAACUUUUCCCGUUUCCCGUUUCCCGUUUCCCGUUUCCCGUGAUUCGUUGGCUGUCGAGAACGGGUCCAAGGGUGAUUAUCGUACCUUUUGGCCGGCCAGUUCGCGACACAAUCCGAUUAGACGAUUUAAAAUCGAUGAGAGGCUCGACUGGUGACGGAUGGAAAGUGGACGAUGGCUGAUGGAAUCGUGUUAAACUGCCAGGGGUGGAAACUGCUAGGGACGGCGCGGCGACCGGACAGCGCGGCGGUUCGCAAUUACCAUUCAUUACUUUGUUGGGACCAAUUGACAUAACUGAUUGGUAUUCGGCUGCCACGCCACCCUCAAAGGACCUUCGAAGCACGGGAAGGGUGCUAAUGCAGUUAGCCACGUCUGAUCGUGGAUAAUCUGCGGAUCGUGCAACGAGCCACCUCCCGGUUCAGCCCGUUCGACCCGUUCAGCCAGCCGAGAAUAGGGUUCGCGACAAAAGCAGGGGGCGAAAGGCAGCGAGGGUCGUUUAAAGGAACGAUGAGCGAAUCGGGACGAGGAGCGAGGAACAAGAAAUCGGCGCGAUAAUAAUAUGUGGACGACGUGGCCACGUACGAAGCGCAAGAGGCGGGAGGCGAGCUCGUCGUCGCGUGCCGGACACGAUACUCGUGGAGGUAGCGGUGGAGGUGGUGAAGGUUUUCGUUUCAUCUAUUCGGUGGUAUUGGCGGCCUGUAUGGCAGCACAAGAGGCGAGAAGCGCGAAAUGUCCGCCGCCAGACACGAUACCCGGUUGUCCUUGCUAUAAUUUCGAGGACGGUCUGUUCUUGGAGUGCGCCGGUGUCACCGAGGAGUCCCUAAGGAGCGCUUUGUCGGGUGUAAUACACGCAGCUGAAGGAGAAGGAGCGAUAGUUCAAUCGUUAAGCGUUUACGAGUUAGACAGAAAGGUGGAGGAGCUUCGAUCGGCUGCUUUUCCAACUGGCUCUCAGAUCAGACACCUACAGAUAUCGCACUCGGCGAUUCGCGAGAUAAGCGAGGAUGCGUUCAAACGAGUGGGAAAAAGUCUGGAAUCGUUGGCCCUGGUUUCAGGCCGACUGCCUCACGUGCCGCAAAAAGCCAUGUCCAGCUUGAAUUCUUUAAAGGCUCUCGACUUGGAGGCGAACCUGGUGCACGAGCUUCUUAGCUACAGUUUCUACGGUCUUUCUUUGAUCAAACUAAACCUGAAAGGGAAUCAGAUAACAAAAAUCUCCGAGUACGCGUUUGCCGGCCUAGAAGACACGCUGACCGACUUGGAUCUGGCUGAGAAUAAAAUCCGUCUAUUCCCUAUGACGUCCCUCCGCAGACUGGAACAUCUGACUUCUUUGAGACUCGCCUGGAACGAGGUAUCCGAGCUUCCCGAAGACGGCUAUUCCAGGCUAGACGCGUUAAACUUUCUCGACCUAAGUAGCAACAACUUUAAAAAGAUACCGCUCAACUGUUUCCGUUGUUGCCCGUCCCUCAAGACCCUAUCCCUCUACUACAACGCCGUCGAGUUUGUCGAUAAGGACGCGUUCAUAUCGUUAAUCGAUCUCGAGUCGAUCGAUCUUAGCCACAACAAGAUCGUCUCUCUGGACGUGUCAACGUUCAGAGCGAAUCAGAGGCUGAGAUCGAUCGAUCUGAGCCACAAUCACAUUCAUUAUAUACGCGGAGUGUUCUCGAAACUGCCAGAGUUGAAAGAGUUGUUCCUCGCGGAGAACAACAUUCUGGAGAUACCAGCAGAAACGUUUGCCGGUAGUUCGAGCUUAUCGGUGGUGUAUCUUCAACAAAACGCGAUCAGGAGGAUCGACGCGCGAGGUCUAGCUACCCUGAAUCAGCUGGCACAGUUGCAUCUCACCGGUAACUAUAUCGAGAAAGUACCGCGUGAUUUUCUCGAGCACUGCGAAAACCUUUCGACUCUAUCGCUGGACGGAAACAACAUCCGGGAACUGGAGGUGGGCACAUUCGCGAAAGCAAAGUCGCUGAGGGAGCUACGGCUGCAGGACAAUCAGAUAACCGAAGUGAAACGGGGCGUGUUCGCGCCUUUACCCUCGUUGCUGGAAUUGCAUCUGCAGAAUAACGCGAUCACGGACAUGGAAACUGGCGCUUUGAGAUCCCUGCACAGCCUGCAACACGUGAACCUUCAGGGUAAUCUGCUCGCGGUACUGGGCGACGUGUUUCAGGUGUCGAACGAGAUAGGACAAAACGGAAAUACCGCCGCCGCCGCCGCCGCCGCCGCCGCCGCCGGUAGCUCGCUGGUUUCUAUUCAACUGGACAAUAACGGUCUUGGUGUGUUGCACAACGACUCGUUGAGAGGGCAAGCCUCGGUCAGAAUCAUGUGGCUUGGACACAACAGAUUAACCCGUCUUCAGGCACCCCUCUUCAGGGACCUGUUACUCGUCGAACGAUUGUAUCUGACCAACAACUCGAUCUCGCGAAUCGAGGACACUGCCUUUCAACCGAUGCAGGCGCUCAAGUUUCUCGAGCUGAGCAUGAAUCGACUGAGCCACGUGACCGUCAGAACGUUCUCAGAGUUGCACGAACUCGAGGAACUUUACCUACAGGACAACGGUUUACGUCGUUUGGAUCCGUACGCUUUAACCGCUCUGAAACGGCUACGAGUACUCGAUCUGGCGAAUAAUCAUUUGAACGUGUUGCACGACAAGAUCUUUCAGGAAGGCUUGCCCAUCAGGACGCUCAAUUUGAAGAAUUGCACCGUCAGCGUGAUCGAGAAUGGAGCGUUCAGGGGUUUGAACAACCUUUACGAAUUGAAUUUGGAGCACAAUCAUUUGAUCGCAAGAGCGUUGGAUCGUUUGGACAUACCAGGCUUGAGAGUUCUCAGAAUAUCGUACAAUAAUUUUAGCCAAAUCGUUGCCACUUCCUUGGACGGGCUGCCGUCUCUUCAGCAUCUCGCCAUGGACUCGUCUCAGCUUUAUAGAAUGCCACCGGAAAUAUUUUCCAAGAACAAGAAUCUGGCUAAACUUUUGCUGAGCAACAAUCUUCUUCGACUGUUGCCGAGCGUUCUGUUCCUCGGAUUGGAAUCGUUGAAAGAAGUGAAACUGGACGGCAACAGGUUUCAAGAGAUCCCUUACGAGGUGUUUGCCAAUGCCACCACCGUUGAAUUCUUGUCGUUGGCUAACAAUGUAAUCCUAAACGUGGACAUGUCACGGUUAAACGGAUUGGCCAGCCUGCGGGAACUCGAUCUACGCGGUAAUUACAUCAUGACCCUUUCCGGUUUCGCCGGUGUGAACCUGUCCCGUCUGAUAUCCGUCGACCUCAGUCACAAUCACCUAACUGCUCUACCGGCUAACUUCUUCGCUCGCUCCAACUUGCUUCGAAAGGUCGAACUGGCUGGCAACAAAUUUCAUCACAUACCGUCGGCCCUCUCCGUUCAGAAUGUUCCCAAUCUGGCCUGGCUAAACAUGACCGGCAAUCCUCUGAUCAGAAUACACGAGAUUAGCUCGAAGCCAAAGUAUCCAGCUCUUCAAGAGAUACACAUAUCCGCAACGAAUCUGACGAUCGUCGCCAGCGACGAUUUCGAGGCAUUUCCAGCAGUGAUGCACCUCUUUAUGGGCAACAAUGUCAUCUCGCGAAUAUCUCCGAGCGCGUUCCGAAGUUUACUCGAAUUGUUGACCCUCGAUCUGAGCAUGAACGAGCUGGUGCUGUUGCCGCAAGAGAGAUUAAAGGGACUCGAGCAUCUCAGACUGCUUAAUCUGACGCACAAUCGUUUAAAAGAACUCGAGGAUUUCCCUCCGGAUUUAAAGGCGUUGCAAAUACUCGAUCUGUCGUACAAUCAGAUCAUCAAAGUGGAUAAAAACACGUUUCAACAUCUUGAAAAUUUGGCCGAACUUCAUCUCUAUGGUAACUGGAUUUCCUCCAUCUCAUCCGACGCCUUCAAGCCGUUGAAGAAAUUGAGAAUCCUUGAUUUAAGUAGAAAUUAUUUAGCGAAUCUACCGUUGAACGCUUUCCGACCGUUGGAGACGCAGAUACGGAGUCUUCGUGCCGAAGAAAAUCCACUACACUGCGACUGUGAGUCUCAAGAGCUUUGGGAAUGGCUGCGGGAUCAUCAGAAGCUGGUGGGUGGUGGGAUGGGUCGAAAUCGAGGUGGAUUACGGAUGAACGACAUGGACAGCGGAUUACUGAGGUGCCAACAGCCCCCAGAGUUACGAGGGUUGGUGUUCCUCGACCUGGAUCCGCACGCUUUCUGCUCCGCGCCGCUCGUUCUGAAACUAGCGAUCCAGGACAUUCAACCGUUCUCUGUUCUGGUAUCCUGGCAAAGCAGAAAUCACUCGGGUAUCCGUGGUUAUCAGGUGGCUUAUCGCGCCGUCGAAAACAUCGACGAGUUCCAGAUUCGAGCGAAGGUCCUCCAACCUAGUUCGCGUUCCACGAAACUGUCGAACCUGUCUCCGAACACUCGGUACCUGAUCUGCGUAUUUGGAGUAGGCAACUGGUUGAUGAAUCAACGUCUAGACGACGACUACGACACGAUGGAUCAAUUUAAUUUCUCGAAUCACGAAACGUUCGAACCAUCGUCGGAUAUUCAAAUGAUCGACUCUUCGACGAGUCGCUGUACCGAGGUUAAAACGCUGGAGGCACCGGAUGCUGUGAUCAGCAGCGAUGGUUCUUCGAUGGAUGAUGUCGGCAGCGUGAGCAACUUCCUGACCAGACGUUUGGGUCUUAUAGUCGGUUGCUGCAUGGGAUUCGUCGUGUUUCUGCUCCUAGUAUCCGUCCUCGGUUACCUCAAGGUGAAGAAACAAAGGGAAACCGUGAAAAGGGAGCAACCUAUUCCCCCGGAGUACAUAUCGUACAGACACUUCAGCAUACAGAGCGGAGAAGCCGGUCACGCUGCCAGACAAGCCAGCCAAGCCAGCCAAGCCAGCCAAGCCAGCCAAGCCAGCCAAGCCAGCCAAGAGGGUCAACAUUCGAAUAACUUUAUCAACAACGUGGCCACCGCUAACCUGAAUGUAUGAGACAAGUCAAAAAACUCCCGACUCGUGGAGGUUUCGAACGUUUGAGCAGAUCGCGUCGACGACCCUACGCUCUCUCGUCAAACGCGAAACAAUCCUGACUCGCGGUAGUUUUUUUUCUUGCAAUUCUCCUUGUCGGUGAAAGAUCGAGUCGAAAGAUUGGAAACUAUCCAUUCUGCAUCUAAUAGAAACCAACAAGUUUCAAACAAUUUCACGCGCGUGUCAGUGCAUAGACAAAUGGACCGUCUAGUUAACCGAGCAUUUUAUACAUACGUGAUUUUCUACGAAUCUUAACUUUACUCGAUGUAGCUUUAGCCGCGGCUAAACCGUGUGUGCGUGUGCAAAGUGAAUCAAUCUUUGAAAGAUGAACCAGCAACUCGAUUUACGUGACACGUCGGGUUCGUUGAACAAUUUCACGCUUGAUGAAAUCUAAAUGGCUCGGCAGAACCGAUUCCCUCUGAAACAGAGACAAUGCAACGCGGCGUUGUUUCGAGCAUUUCGAGCUUCUUGAAUUUCCGAUCGCAACGGGGUUCUCUUUGCUUGGACGAUGACGAAUCGAGCCCCGUCAGAACGAUCGCGAACGUGUUUGUACAUAAGUGGUUAGGAAGAAGAAGGAUUUCAAUCGUUCGACAAACAUUCGACGACCUCUUCGUUUAGUAAACGUAGUUCAGUUAGGAUCAGAAGCAUUGAUUCCGCUUGCUCUCUCGAGUGUAGAAACACUUUUGGCCGAAAAGUAAGAGAAGAGAAGAAAGAAAAGAAAAGAAAAGAAAAGAAAAGAGAAAAAAGCAAACAUUUCGUGUUCGGGCAUCCGUUGAUAGUUUAUACAUUGGCGAUUCGUUGAAACGAACAAUUCAGAUAUUUGUUGUACCAUAGGUUAACCACAGAUGUUAUCGGAGAUACCUACAAGGGAAAUUUAGAUCCCGCCAUUGCAUAAAUGUCCAGCGAAUUGCGGUUCGGCUGAUAAAGAGAAAACCGAUCUCGGUCGCCAUACACCAGAAUACAGUCGGUCGAAUGAAAUGUGUAUCGUCGGCGUUCGAUUGCAUCGCGAAGAAAAACAUCUCAUCGUCAGUCAGUCAGAUGUAUAUCGCGCACUGUCUACUGUAACAUAUACGUACGUACGUCACUGUAAUAAAAGUGCAAAUUCUUUUUUAA